AUGGCGUCUUCUUUUCCAACCAAUCAAGCCAUCGUCGUCGGAGGAGGAUUGGGAGGAAUGUCUGCCGCCAACACUGUGGUUGAGCAUGGCGGUCGCGUGGUACUGCUGGACAAGUCGUCCUUCUGCGGCGGCAACAGCACCAAAGCGACCUCCGGCAUCAACGGCGCAGGCACCAAGACACAGAAAGCCAAGGGCAUCCCAGACAACGCUGAGAUCUUCACUCAGGACACGCUAAAAGGCGGUGCGAAGAAGCCGGAGCUCGCUAAGCUCUUGUGCGUGAACAGCGCAGAUGAUGUGGACUGGCUGGUGGACAAAUUCAACUUGGACCUCUCUUUGGUCGCCCGCCUGGGUGGCCACUCCCAGCCCCGGACACACCGCGGGAAGGAGCGCUUCCCUGGUAUGACCAUUACUUACGCCUUGAUCCAGAUGCUGGAGAAGGUGGCGGAGAAGACGGACCUGGCGCGGAUCAUCACGAAGGCCAAGGUCUUCAAGCUCGUGACGGAGAAGAACGCCUGCGUGGGCUGCGUCUACGAGAAGGGCGGCCAGAACUUCCAGGAGUUCGGCCCCGUGAUCCUGGCGUCAGGUGGCUUCGGCGCCGACUUCACCCAGAACUCCCUGCUGGCCAAGUACCGUCCCGACCUGCUGCACCUGCCCACCACCAACGGCGAGCACUGCACGGGCGAUGGCAUCAAGAUGGGCGAGGAGAUCGGCGCGAAGACCAUCGACUUGGAGUGGGUGCAGGCUCUCCGCGGAGUGGGCGGCAUCAUCCUGAAUGCCGAGGGCCAGCGCUUCUGCAACGAGCUGGGCCGCCGUGACUACGUCACCGGUGAGAUGUGGAAGAGCAAGCCGCCCUUCAGGCUCUGCCUCAACAAGGCAGCCUCCGAUGAGAUCAUCUGGCACUGCAAGCCGCGUGCUGAGCCGACCGCAUUACACCGGGCGUGGCGUGGGGAGCACAGUCGGCUAAAUCGUGUAGCUGCUAUUCGCGAGCCUGCUGCAUGCAAGCUGAAGGUCAUGAAGUACUACAACAGCGGCGAGGACUUGGCGAAGGACAUGGGCGUCCCCUUGUCCGUGAUCGAGAAGGCCCAUGAGGACCACUUCCAGGCGGCGAAGAAGACGGAGACGCACCCAAACGACGGCCCGUUCCCCGCCUAUCCCUCUGGCAAGUGCUGGGACGAG